AUGUCGAAAGUAACGGCAAAAUUCGGCGCUGGUGUCAUCGAAGUCAAAAGGAUUGGACAGAUCAGCCGUUUAGGACGCAAAUUUAAACGGAGUGUGAGCAAAAAGACACGAGUUAUCGCAUUGACACAUGAUGAAUCUGUAUCGCAGCAUGGCCAAUCGAUAGUAUCCGGAGAACAGUAUUCAAAAACUAGAUCUCUAACUACUGGAUGCAUCGCAGCUGGUCAACCAGAUCAUGUUCAAGUGACUCACGUGAAAAUUAUACCUAAACCAAAGAAUGCUAUUACUUUGAAUAACAUUGCAACUGUUUUCACACCACUGGCAUCGCCACUUCGUCAUGUACCAAGUGGUAGCUUAGCAGAAUCAGAAAUUAAAUUGAAAAAGUGGAAUCCAUCACACGAACUACAAACGUCAAAAUACAAGACGCCAGUUAAUAAUCAGGGAAGAGCUGUUUUCCAAUACGAUCGGAGUUCAAAAUGGAAUGUUACAAAAGGUGAACCAUACAGCUUACUGCCAUCUUGGUCCUCGCUGUGUCCACCACCACCACCACCACCAGCACCAGUACAACAACAACAACCACAUCGACCAUUACUUGUAAAUUUGUGUAAUCCGACAUGCUUGAAUGGUGGCACAUGCAUGUCAAACAAUAGUUGCAUGUGCAUCGCUAAUGUAUGGACAGGAUCCGUUUGUGAAACACCGGUUCGUAUUUUGUGGACAUUCGACAAUACUCUUGAUGAUUUUUACGGAAUCUUUCCAGCAGUUGGUAGCAAUGGACCUACCUAUAAAUCUCCAGGUAUCAAUGGAUACGGUAGCUGUCUCUAUUUAAAUGCAUCAGCUUCUCAAUCAAUCGAUGUAUUGUCACCACCGUUUCUCAGCAUGGCCUAUACAUCGUUUUCCUUAAGUGCAUGGAUUAAAGCAACAACACUGAAUAACGCUGCUGUGAAUGGUCUUAGCGACAACGGUAUAUUCGGUCAAUACGAGCAAAACUCGCAAGAUCUUUCUCUUCAUACCAUCGUGCGCAAUCAACGUCUCUAUUUUGGUUUUUAUGGUGAUGAUACUCAAGGCAAUCAACUUCUUGUAUCUGAUACUUGGUACCAUGUGGCCUAUGUCUAUGACUACUCAACAUUGACACAAAAUGUAUAUGUUGAUGGAGUUCUUGAUGGAUCAAACUCUCCUAGAGGUCCCUAUAAGGGUACGGUUGGAAAUAUGACCAUAGGAACCAAUGAAGUAUUUUUCCCAUAUAAUUAUUGGAAUGGUUGUCUUGAUCAAAUAUCCUAUUUUUCUAGAGUCAAAAAUGCCACGGAAGUAUUAUAUGAUGCUACGCUGACAGUAGCCUACUCAUUCAACAAUACACUUUUAGAUGAUGGUCCAAUGGGUAUAAAUGGAACAGGAAUCAAUUUUGCUUAUACAGCAUCUGGCCGGAUUUCUACAGGCUUAACUUUAUUGACCACUGUUUCGUAUGUACAAGCUGGCGGCUUAGUCUUACUAGGCACAUCUACUAGGCCGUAUUCAAUGAGUAUAUGGAUCAAUCCUACGGUGAUCACGUCUGGAAACAUCAUUCAUGUAGCACCUACAACAACGAGUAUCUCAUGGUCAGUACCGAUGCUGGGCUUCAUUAAUACAGGAAAUUUAGGAGCUCAAGGCUGUUCUCCUAGUGGAUCGGUAUCACUUACUGGGCCAGUAGUUCCUACUGGCACCUGGACUCACGUGGCUAUUACUUAUGGAAAUUCAAAUGGGCUUCGUCUUUGGAUCAAUGGUACUCAAUUCGGUGCAUCGUCUUCUGCCUAUAAUUAUACUGCUCCUGGUGUUCCUGUUACUGUUACACUUGGUGCAUCUCUUAGCAGUGCUGGUCCAUGUUCAUCCGGGGUUAUCGCAACUGGCCAAUACCAUGGAUCUUUAGAUGAAUUUCAAUUGCAUUCAAGGGAACUUUCGUCAACUGAUAUAUGGAAUCUUGCCAAUCCUUAG